CUUGAUGUUCAUCACUAGGGUCCCUCCCCAUGUAGGGUGGCAUCGUUUUGGCGUAUUAAUAUAGACUUUUUUAUUCCCUCUCUCUAUGUAUAUGGCAGUCCUCAGGCCUAUAUAUACACACACGCUUCACCUAGCUCAAACCAGAACAGAACAUAUCAUUAAGCCCAUGCCAGUCACAGAACAUCUCUCUCCACAGCCAUAAUCUCUCUCUCUCUUUUCUCUCAUCUCUCCCGGAGAGAGUGUUAUUUACUUCAAUGGCUGUUUUUAUAGUCCUGUUUGGUGUGGUUUUGGGACUCUGUCUCUUGAGCACAGCUUUGUUGAGAUGGAAUGAAGUUAAGUACAGGAAGAAAGGGUUGCCUCCGGGGACUAUGGGCUGGCCACUUUUUGGUGAGACCACUGAGUUCCUCAAACAAGGCCCAGCUUUCAUGAAAAACCAAAGAGCAAGGUUUGGAAAUGUUUUCAAGUCCCACAUAUUGGGCUGUCCUACAAUAGUUUCUAUGGAUCCAGAGCUGAACAAAUAUAUACUCAUGAAUGAAGCAAAAGGGCUUGUACCUGGUUAUCCACAGUCCAUGCUUGACAUAUUAGGGAAAUGUAACAUAGCAGCUGUCCAUGGCUCCACUCACAAGAACAUGAGAGGGGCAUUGCUGGCUCUUGUUAGCCCCCCUAUGAUCAGAGAUACCCUCUUGCCCAAAAUCGAUGAUUUUAUGAGAUCUCAUCUCAGCAGCUGGAAUGGCAGAAUCAUUGAUAUUCAAGAGAAAACCAAAGAGAUGGCGUUUAUGUCUUCACUCAAGCAGAUUGCUGGUUUAGAGUCCAGCUCAAUGUGUCAAGAGUUCAUGCCUGAAUUCUUUAAGCUAGUUUUGGGGACUCUUUCGUUGCCAAUCAACCUCCCUAAUACAAACUAUGGCCGUGGCUUCCAGGCAAGGCAGAGCAUUGUUAGCAUGUUGAGAAAACUUUUAGAGGAGAGGAGGGCCUCUCAGGAAACACAUAAUGACAUGCUGGCUCAUCUUAUGAACACUGAGGAGAAUAGAUACAAGCUUAGUGAUGAAGAGAUAAUUGAUCAAAUUAUUACAAUCUUGUACUCUGGCUAUGAAACUGUUUCAACUACUUCAAUGAUGGCUGUCAAAUAUCUUCAUGAUCAUCCAAGGGUUCUUCAAGAACUCAGAAAAGAACAUUUGGCAAUCAGAGAAAAGAAAAGGCCAGAGGAUCCGAUUAAUUGGAAUGACUACAAAUCCAUGAGAUUUACGCGCGCUGUGAUCUUUGAGACAUCCAGAUUAGCUACAAUUGUUAAUGGGGUUUUGAGGAAAACAACUAAAGAAAUGGAACUGAAUGGUUAUGUGAUUCCUGAAGGAUGGAGAAUAUAUGUUUAUACUCGGGAAAUCAACUAUGACUCCCGGCUAUACCCUGAGCCACUUACAUUUAAUCCCUGGAGAUGGCUGGACAAGAGCAUGGAUGCUCAAAACUACUUUUUUAUAUUCGGAGGUGGUACUAGACAAUGUCCUGGAAAGGAACUCGGGGUGGCUGAAAUUUCAACCUUCUUGCAUUACUUCGUAACUAAAUACAGAUGGGAAGAAGUUGGAGGAGAUAAGCUGAUGAAAUUUCCAAGAGUUGAAGCACCAAAUGGGUUACAUAUUAGGGUUUCAGAUUACUAACUAAUCUAGCUAGGUAAAUAUGUACAGAAGAGAAGUAGGAUAUAAGGGUGAGUGACAAGGGUGUACAAUAAUUUUCUCUAACUUAGUAGUAGAAAUUAAUUAUAAUUAUUUCAUGUGCUUCAUUUCUGCUAAACUAAUCAAAUAAUGAUAUUUUCUGCA